CCCGACGCUGCCUCCCUACGUGGCCACCGCCACAGCCAGCCGGGAGCCUGGGGGAUGCCAGCACACGUCGUGGGGAUGCACCCGCUCGAAUCUAUUCGACCAUCUGGGAUGGAAAUUCAAGCCGUGUGACGGGCCACUUCGCCGUAGUCCCGCCCAUCUCCUUCGCUGGUGCUUCCCCGGGCUUCACUCCCGCCCGACACCGCCCUCCGCAGCAUGCACCGUGCCUUUUUCAGCUUUCUCUUCGUCUUGCAGUGGCUGCUGGCGUCUCUGCCGCUGGCACCGCCAGAUCUCGAUCAUCUCCCGCAGCGCCCGGUUUGGCCGCAAGUCUGUCUCCUGCAAAGGUUCCUGCGUCAUGGGGUCCAAGGCCCGCCGUCGAAUCUGCUCGAGGAUCACGGCGCGUUCGUAAGAAUACCCGGAGGGCGUCAAUACCGGGUCACGCAUGACCUCCAUGCUCAGCGGGUCCACAAAAGGCUCCGGAGCCUCGUCGUCGUCCUCCCUCUCCUCCUCCUCCUCUUC